UCUGUCUGUGUGUGUGACGAGGUUGGUCUGUCUGUGUGUGACGAGGUUUCAGACAGACGUCCACACGUAACUCACCCUCACUGACGUGCAAGGAAUACUCUCUACACUCUACAUCGACAAAGAAAAUCUAGACAUUAGCACAAGAUCAACAGUGACGAUUUUUAUAACGGGUUUGAGUGAAUUUGGAAUGUUUCUUGGUUGGUGCCUCUAUAAAUAAUUUAUUGAUUGUCAGGUUGGAAUAGUUCACGCUUCCUGAAACCAGCCUGUUUGGGAAUUAGUUACAAUUACAACUGUUGCAUUACUACGGAAACCCCCUUUGUAAGCAAUUCAGCACUACAUACAACACAGAAGCAACAUGGAAGUGGCAGAUUCUAAGUACAAAGUGGAGGAUUUCGAUCUCGUUCAGCUAACUGUGACGGAUAUGAACGGCAUUCCCAGAGGGAAAUUCGUCCCCCAGAAUGUUGCACGCGCUGCUUUCAGACGUGGACUCGAAAUACAACUGUUCUUGACGGGCAUUGGCCUGAAUGGGGAAUUCCCCUUAUCAGUGCCGGAGCUGGCGGAAGAUAACUUUGGCAGCGGAAUCUUCAUCCCAGUACCGACAACUCUGGUAGAGAUUCCCUGGGCCUCCUCCCCCGGAUGUAGAGUGGGCGAGGUCAUAGGUCACAUCCUCACGGAGAAGGGAGUUCCUGAUGAGAUGUCCAUCAGAAAUAUGAUAGAGGAGCUUCUGCUUAAGUUGGGCAAUAUGGGACUGUCUUUCAAGUCAAGCAUCUCCUCCCAGUUCAAAGCCUUCAAACAAGGAACAGACUACACAGAGGUUUUAGGGAGUUUCGAGGUAUCCCUGCCUACCCUGGAAGGUCUGCAGACAGGAGACGCAGGGUUCCGGCUCAAGUAUGGCGUCAAGGCUCUGAUGUUGAAGGCGGGCUAUGACGUCACGUUCAUGGCGCAGCCAGGGGUGCCGGCGGGAGAUAACUCCUCCUCCGUCUGGAAGUUUUCCUUCACGGUCUGUACAGUGGACGGCCAGAACGCCUUUCUGGACACCUUUAAAGACGACAAACUUUCCGACUUGUGCCGCAUGUGGGUGGCUGGCAUGCUGUACCACGGACCCUCCAUGACGGCGCUAUGUCGUCCCACCGUCAACUGUUACGGACCGUCACGUGACGACAGACCGACAUUCCCCAGACGGGCAGACUGGGCCUUCAGCAGCGACUCGGCGUUCAUCAACGUGGUGCGCAAGGGUGCCGCGGUGUGGCUGGAGCUCCGAGUCGUGUCAUCGGCGUGCAAUCCUUACUUCCCUCUCCUCACAGCUCUGGCGUCUGGGCUCGAUGGCGUAGAGAAAGCGAUGACGCUACCACAAGCCUCCGACCCAAGCGCCAGUCCUUUUCCGGAGAGUCUGAGCGAUGCGCUGAAAGUUUUGCGUAAAAAUGAUAUGUUCAGAAGCGUCCUGUCUCCCAUGUUUGUUGACUGUUUUUGUAGCGUCAAGGAAGAAGCCGAGAUUGCCAGGAUCACGGAGCUGAGAGAAGGUGGGGGGACAGAGGAAGAUGUGCGAGUGUUAGAGCGAGAAUUGUACUUCCGGAGUGUGUAAUUUCCCCAGUUUAGGUCUCAAGAUCAUUAUUGUCACCGUCAUCAUAAUAUGCAUGAUCAACCAGAUCAUGGUUUGCCACUCACUGUUGUGUUUUUUCCUGCUCUUUCCACGUCACUCAUUUAUUGCUCAAGUUCUCUACAUUAAUUGUGAAGCAUCGUGGAAA